AACAAGAAUCUUUUGGGUUUGAUUGGGUACUACCGAAAAUGAAAAUAUGAAAUUGAUAUUUUGAUUAUUAAUUUUUUCGAAAUUUGGAAAAGUUGCAACAUUUGAUUGAUGGGCUGGAAUAAACCCAUGGGCUGUGCCAAUAAUAUGGCAAAUCAUACACAUUAUGUGAACCAAACUGUAAUGGGAAAAUAACAUCAUUAUCACUUUAUCAGGCUAGGCAUGAUGAGUCAGUAGUCAAAUUCCUAUAAUGAAGAUGUUGAAAACCAGAGCAAACUCAACUAUUGGGAUCUCCAACAAAGCUCCAUCGUACAUGUAUGCGACACUCAUAGACGAAACCACUGCUUACAGUCGAAGUAACAUUUUAUCAGAUUCAUAGACAACGACUUUAAGUGUAAGUAGAUGGGAUGUAACGUAUGUUGUUUCCUGUGGAAAGCAUUUGCACACAUUUUAUGAAGGAUGAAAUCACAUGUCAUAUAUGAAUAAAAAUUACUCUCAUGGACACAUGCUUGAAAAAACACUUUUUAUAGGUGUUUUCAUCAUAAAUUUUAUGACGUUAACAAGUUUUUUCAAGCAGUACAAUGUCCUAUCUAAGGUAAUUACUAUUCAUGUAUGGAAUGUGAUUUCAUGCUACAUGAAACAUGUACAAAUGCUCCUCGCAGAAAACAACAUGCGUUACAUCCCCAUAUAUCGACUUAUACUUAAAGUCGUUGUAAAUGGAUAUGAUGAUUGAAAAAGAUUACUUCCACUGCAAACCUUGUUAUUGCGAUUCCAAUCACGAG